GUAGGUUUUUAAAGGAUCAUGUUCAGUAGUUUCAGUAACUGUAGUCAAAAGGAAAGAAUCACUCAUGAACUGCACAGCGCUGGUCGAGAAUCCACAACACUCUGGUCUGACUGUCUUCAACAUGAAAUGUUUCACGUUCCUGCUCUUUCUGUAUCUUUUCUCUCGAUCUGUGGUCGAUUGUGCUGCUGAUGGAAAGGGAUACUUUGUGUACGCCGACUUCUGGUGUGCCAGGUACUCCAGAGAGCCGGAGCAGGUGGAGUUUCUCAUCGACUAUUAUUUCAAUGAAGAGUUUACGAUGCAGUACAACAGCACAGUCGGGAACUGGACAGGCUUUACUCCAGCUGGAUUAAUCUUUACUCAAACAUUUAAUAAAAACCUUCGGGGGAGGAUAUUGGAAAGGAAGCUGAUAUGUGUCGACAGUACUGAUUCAUUAUUGAAUGCAGUGGAGGAGAACAUGGCUGAACCCAACAUCACUCUUACAGAGACCACCACCUCCAGUCACGACACCAUGCUGGUGUGCAGCGCUUACGAUUUCUACCCCAAACAUAUCAAGGUGACAUGGCACCGCAACGGACAGGAAGUGACUUCAGGCGUGACCUCAACUGAGGUGAUGACAAACGGAGACUGGACCUACCAUGUCCACUCUUUCCUGGAGUUCACACCUGGCCGACAGGACAGGGUCAGCUGUGUGGUGGAGCACAUCAGCCUCAGGGAGCCCAAGAUUUCUGACUGGGACUCUUCCUUUAAUCAGUCCGAGAGGAGCUUCGUGAUUGGUGGAGUUGUUGCUCUGCUGUUGGGAGCAGUGAUUCUGUCCUCAGGACUGAUCCACUAUAGGAGGAGACGCUCUGUAAUCUGAUAGAAAACCUGUUAAAUCAGCCAGUCCUUCUGGAUAUUUCCAGCCUGGACCUCCUUAGGUUUACUCACAUGACCUGUCGUUCAAAAGCACUCCUGUCAGACAAAAACAAAUAAUUCAACAGUUACAACUCAUCUAUGAAGCGUUAUCAUAAGCCACAGAUCCAUAUUAUCCAGACCAAGCUUCAUUUCACACAGCUUCGUUUUCCUCUCUCACACUGCUAAUAGUCCUGACGAUCUAAAUCCAGCAAAUGUUUAGUCCACACACGUUAUUACAUCCAUAAAUAUCCACAAAGUGCUGCUGCAUUGUUUCAAACGUUCAUAUUACCCCUUAUAUGAUCCAUAAUUUCUCCUGUUCUACAUGUAAACAAAUUGACUGAUGUAUCUUAAAAUGGAGGCGAGCUCCUGACCUUUCCAUUGACACCUCAGCUGAGCCAAUAGGAGCUUCCAUUGCUAUUGCUUUGGCCUUGAUAGCCAACCAGAGCCUGAGCUGAAGGGACACAUUUCCUGUAGUUUCGAGGUAUUUAUAGAGCCAGCGAUCGGCCCACCUCACCUGAGACUUAUGGGUCUUGUAGUCAAUGACACUCUGAAGCUCCACAGGAGUUUUAACCCCUUAGUGUCAUCUAUAAAUGUACAGAAAUGAUAAACAAACGGCUCCUGUGCUGCCUUAAAAACAGUCUUUCUCAUCAAUUUAGAUUUUCUAUUAGUGUUUAUCACUUACAGUGAUUCUGACUGUUGGGGAAAAAACCUCAGUGUCAACUUUCAUAUGAGACCUGCAUGUACAUGUUCUAAAACAGGGACAGCUUUCAGUUUGCUUUGGGUAUGCCUUGGAGACGUGUUUUAGGUGAAUCUAGGUGAAUGUUACAGGAUGUGUAUAUUACAUUAAACUCUCUAUCUUACAGGCAGCCAGUGGAGAGAUUUCAGUCUAGUUUUUGCUGAGUUGUCCAGAUAUUUCAGUCUGGACCAAACCAGUGUGGCUGAAAACUCCCAGUUUGAGCUCCCAGCAGCCCUCCAGUGUUGUUACUUUGCAAUGCAUAAGUAGUUUAACUUUAAAGUUAUAACUGGACAGAUUGUAGAUGCUAACGUAUAUUUGAGACAGUGACAGUUUGUAAAAUUAAUAAUUAUUUGUUGACUGAAUCAAUAAAUAUUCCUAUUAUUACUGUUCGACUGGUCAUCAGUUACUUGAAUGCGUUGUCAUUUGUCAUUGUGACCUCUGGCAGCUUUCAAUCAACUGUCUAUCUGUCAUCUGUUUGCGUCUCAGUUGAUGUGACGUAUCAUCCGCUGCGCCCCUUUGUGAUGGUCCGACAAGCUGUCAGAGUAAGCAUGGAGCCCACACUGUAACUAACUG